AUGAAUAGACUAAUAUUUGCCUCUUUGCUUCUUCAUGGAGCAUCUCAAACUGUGCGUUGGCUUUCUGAUCUCCAGACAGCGGGUGAUGAGUGCAGCACACUGCUUUCAGGAUGGGUAUGUAACACAUCAACACUAGUGAGCUGUCCGACAGCAUUGCAAUGCAAAGUUGAAGUGAUUUCAGCAGCAAAUAUUUCACCAUUUCAGUUCCUUCACUCUCAGAAAAAAAAAGGUACAAAAUCUGUCACUGGUCCACACAUGAACAUCAACACACACACACACACACACACACACACACACACAUAUAUAUAUAUAUAUAUAUAUAUAUAUAUAUAUAUGUAUAAGACUGUUGUUGCUGCUGUUGUUUUUGACAGCUGGAUAUCAGUAGUAUCACCAGUGAAAUUCCAGCGUGAAGGUGGGUUUGACCCAGAGGAGGCUGCUGAUGUGAAAACAGUUGGGUGGGGUUCCUUGAACAACCUGGGAGGAAGACCAGACAAACUGCAAGAGCUCACUAUCAAAGUCAUGGAACGAUGGCUCUGUGGCCGCGGUGACUACUAUGGAACAAAGUUCACAAAUAACAUGCUCUGUGCUGCAGAAAGACGAAAGGACACCUGUGAUGGUGACUCCGGAGGUCCUCUCUUAUACAAGGACAUUGCUGUGGGAAUAACCUCUAAUGGAGGGAAGAAAUGUGGCUUCAUCAAAAAGCAUGGAGUCACUGUACAUGUUCUGUUAUUUUCUACAUUAAUAAAACAUUUUCUACGUCUACCUUAA